AUGCACAUCACACCCAGACCCGGAACAACAAUUUGUGGAUCACUCAAAGAGUUGUUCCGUGCGGGAAUCGAACCCGCGGCUAAUGCAGGGUUCGAUUUAAAGGAGUACAAGAUACCAGCGUUACCAGAAAUAUGUUCUUACAAGGACAAUGAACCUGUCGUCUGCUGCACUGAUUGUGAUGUUGGUCAAGAGAGAUACCGUGACGUCGCCAUUGGUCCUCACGGAUAUAUGGUCAAUAAAAAGGGACCCGUGGCUUUAGAGAGUAUAAAGGGCAUCAACCCUGCAGACGGGUCACAUUGUAGUACGAGGAACAGGACGGAGGAGGUACAUUGCUGGCCUUUGGGAUCAGGAUUUGGGGAAUUGCGGACGAGAAGAGAUGAACCUCCAAUGAAUUCACACGACGGAACCGAACGCUUAGGUUUUUUCAUGCCGAUUUUCUGA